AUUAUUAAUUCGCAUUCCGACCUGAGAAAGACAGCAAUUCACAGUACAUCAUCUAGUCUGCCGGAAACGCACAAGACGACGAAGAAGACAGCAGAUAGUCGGCUGGAAACUCACAGGAAGAAAAAUAAGUCAACGGAAGUGAAGUGACCAAGAAAAAUUUCCACGUUAACGUUUUUAUUUAGACGUUUAUUAAAACCCUGGAACUUAAAAUGACUAAUUUAACUGCACAUCAUCAUAUACUUACCGUAUGUAAUGUCUAAUUCGGGUUAAGGACUUGGUUGAUAGAUGUUAUCUAGGUAACGCUAGCUAACUGCUAACAAUGGCUAACUGUAUGGUUUUUCACACUCAAAUAGCCUCCAUCAUGGAGGUGCUAGCAAAUGCUGCGGUGGCAGAGAUCUGUAAACUAGUAGACGACGACUAUGCAGUGCUUCGUUUGGAAAUAAGUCAAAGCCAGAAAGAAAACAGGACAUUGCGGAGGAAACUACUGGAACUGAAGGUGGCACGGGAGCGCGCAGAGAGAACAACACGAGAGCGCGUCCUCGCCAGUAGUGUCAAGGUCCUCGACCGAUAUAGAGGAAUGGCAAGAGGUGAAGAACAUGUCACUGGAGGACACAGGAUCUUUGUGAAGCCAGUGGGACAUAAUACACUGAGAGAUGAUAAACCAAUCACUGUUGAUGAGGGGAGUGGAACCUCAACCCAGCACAUUAUCAUGAUAGAGUCUGCAGAGGUUGCAGGUCUUGGGGUCAAGCACGAGAUGUCUGAAGGAGAGGAGGACUCACGGCACAGCAGAGACAUCCAGACUGGAGAGACUGGACCACCCCUUGUAGCCACGGAGGACCCCACCACCACCCCAGCACAGCCCAGGAUCAGAAGCAGCAUCACGGAAGUCAGUGGAAGGCCAGAUGCCGUCCUCAAGUCAGAGACAGACAUCAAGACUUUAACUGUAACACAAAGGCAUUUACACAGAGAGAGACAGGGGCUGGGGAGGCUGGGCUGUCCUCCUGCUCCCAGCUCAGAGUAUUUACUUUACGAUAACCCGAGCCCGGUUCAUUCCCAUCGAGACUCAGGUGACGAGACUGGCAAUGAACCGUCUUGUUCUUACACUACAGAGAUGGACCCUGGCACGCCCUUGGGUUUAGAGACACAAACUGGUCCAUCUAGAGGUGAUUGGAACCGGUACAGUAGUAGUGUAUACUCUGAAGGGUGCCUAGAUAAGAAAGGGGAGGGUCUGAUCGUAGAUGAUGUGAAAGUGGAGGGCGAUGUUCCUCCCACAUGGAAUGCAGAUAGUCACCUUGGAGACGGACACUCACAAGGCAGAGAUUUCUUAGACAGCAGGGAAAGCUUAAAGACAAAUCUAAAUGUCGCAACCCACUCCCCUUUACAGGCGUUCAGGGAUCGCAACCCAGUGUCCACGUCGAUGGGGCCUUCUGAUUCACACGGCCGCGUUCUUUUCGAUCAGGUAUUGAACUCAAACGACCGGGCUAGAGCCCAGGCUCAGGGAGGGGGAGCUACAUCAGGCAAUAGUAAAGAGAAAAGGUUCCUCUGCAUGUUCUGUAGCAAAGGCUUCAGUUGCUCCCAAAAGGUGGAGAUCCACCAGAGAGUCCACACAGGGGAGAAACCCUUCAGCUGCCCCCAGUGUCACUUGCGCUUCGCAGAGGCUGGCAACCUGAAGAGGCAUCAGAGGGUCCACACAGGGGUGAAACCCUUCAGCUGUACCCAGUGUCACAUGCCCUUCGCCCAGGCUGGUAGCCUGAAGAGACACCAGAGGGUCCACACAGGGGAGAAACCCUUUAGCUGCUCUCAGUGUGAGAAGAGGUUCUCACGCCAGCACCAGCUUAAGAUCCACCUGAAGGUCCACACAGGAGAGAGACCAUUUACCUGUACGCACUGCGGAAAGAGGUUCUCAGAGAGGAGCUGCCUCAGGAUACACCAGCAGAAAAACCAUUCCACUCUAUAACAUAGGAAGUAACCAUUCCACCCAAUAUCUGAUGUUUAGAUUUCAGCGUUUAAUAUUCCUGGGUAGAAUAUUGCAUCCAGACAUGGUGUAAAAUACAGUAUAAGGCAUAUAUAUAUACAGUGCCUUCAGAAAGUAUUCACACCCCUUGGCUUUUUCCACAUUUUGUUGUUACAAAGUGGAAUUAAAAUGGAUUUAAUUGUUAUUUUUUUUGUCAAUGAUCUACACAAAAUGGAAUUUCUUACAUUUGUUUAAAAAAAUAAAAAAACUAUCUUUAUUAGCUUAGUA